UUCGUCUACGGUCUCCUUCUUACGGAAAAAUUUGUCCGACUAUUCCAAUUUGAUCGGGCUGGCUGCUUGUUCUCGGGGCGUAUCCACAUACACAGGGACGCGCACAUGUUCGUCAAACUCAUCCUCGCGCUAUCUACCACGGACGAGGCAAAGCUGGGGUUCGAUACCCGGAUCCAUUGGGAGGAUCAAGACCUGUACUUCUCUCCCAAGGUGGGCGAGGCUGUCAAGUACAAAGUCUGCAAUGUGAAGCCGUUCCAUAGGCAUACAAUACGGGGGAGAGGGACAACAUGCUGGGUCGUUGAGGAUCCGGACGACAAGGGCAGCCGACUUCACCUUAAAUUCGCCUGGCGAACUCUCGAACGCGUGGCGGAGUCUGUGUUCCUCGAGUACAUCAAUAUCGAGUGUGGUGGCAUUCCGGGUGUCAGUGAGCUCCGACGCUGCGAGAACACGGAACAGAUUACGAACCUGCGUCACGGUGCUACCUUCAAGACUCGUCAAGGCAAGCUGGUGUCCGACCGUCAAUACUACUACAUUUUGCAACCUUUCUAUGGGCCACCGCUGGAGAUGGCACGGUCCGUGCUGCAACUCGUCGAAGCUUUUCGCGAUAUUAUUGCAGCCCAACGCAACCUUGCUCUGCGUGGUAUCGUGCAUCGUGACAUCAGCACGCGCAACAUGCUACUCAAUGAAAGACUCGAUGCGGGGGUAGGCACGCGGGGAAUUCUGAUUGAUUUCGACAUGGCCAAGUUUAUUGAUAGGACGACGAGCGGGGAGAGUACCGAUGUCCGGACG